AUGGAAAUCCAGAUAGAGACCGCCAAAUUUCCCGAAGAUGCCAAAUCCAUUGCCUCGCUGUUUUCCGGGUAUGCCAUCUCUCUCGGCAUUGACCUCACCUUCCAAUCUUUCCAAGAAGAACUCGAUUCACUCCCCGGAAAAUAUGACCCAUCUCAAGGGGGUUCUCUGUUGAUAGCACGGGCUGUCAGUGUUGCUCGAGAUCACACGAACGGGCAUACAGUUGACUCAACAAUCUCUCCUGCCCCGCAAAUACCCCCCGUCCUCGGAUGUGUCGCCCUACGCCGCAGCUCCGAUGGCUGGUGCGAAAUGAAGCGGUUAUAUGUGCUCAAAGAAGCUCGCGGAUUGCGACUGGGGGAGAGACUCGUUCAAGCCAUCAUUGCUCAAGCUCGAGAUCUGGGCUACCGAGGAAUGCGCCUAGACACUCUGCCGGAAAUGACAGCGGCACAACGACUCUAUCGGAGGUUUGGAUUUGUGGAUAUUGCACCCUACUAUGAAACUCCGAUUGAAAGGACGGUUUUCAUGGGUUGUGAUUUCACUUGUUCACGACCUGGCGUGUCCAUGGCUUAA